AUGGCCGCAUCAAUCAUCCUCGCAGACAAUGCAACCGUCAACAUCAAACAAGCCAUCGACAGAGCCGUUCAGACCGCCCAGAUCCCCGGCGCCAUAAUCCGAAUCGUCAACGCCGGAGGCCAUGCCAUCUUCUCUUAUGCGUCCGGCAGCGUCGCGCCAAUAGGAAACCCAGCAGCCAGGCACGACCUUCUCGAGGAUGACAUCGCGUCCAUCUGGUCUUUGAGCAAGCUCGUCACCUCCACCGCGUUGCUCCAGCUCGUCGACGCCGGUGUUCUCGACCUCGACGACCCUGCUAUCAUCGAGCGAACCCUGCCAGAACUCGCCUCGAAGCAGAUCCUGGUCGGCUUCGAAAACAGCACCAUCGAAGGUCGGAGAAAGAAACCGAUCCUGGUGCCCCGAGAGACGAACAUCACGGCACGAAUGCUCCUAACCCACACCGCCGGCAUCAGCCAAUCUUUCUUCGAGCCGCUCCUCCAGGAGUUCUGGGGCGAUGAGUUAGCGACCAAAGGCGAAAUGGUCGACUACUGGAACAACUUGAAAACCACGCCCCUCACGACCCAGCCAGGGACGACCUGGAGCUACGGCUCCGCGACCGACUGGGCCGGCGUGCUCGUCGAACGGCUCAGCAACAGCUCCCUUGCUGGCUACUUCUCGCGCGAAAUCUUCCAGCCGCUGGAGAUGAGUGACUCGAGCUUCGACGCGCACAUGCCGCCGCAGGACUCGAAGCGCGUCUUCCCGCCGUACAUGAAACAUCCCAACGGGUCGCUCGUGGCCGAUACCCAUUGGUGGAACGGGCCCACUCCAGAGGCUCCGGGGCCGUUCUUCCCGGACUCAGAUGAACAUCGCUAUAUGGGUGCCUCGGGCCUCGCGAUGACGGCGCCGGACUAUGGCGUCUUGCUUGCCACGCUGCUGAAUGGAGGCGUGUGUCCGGCCAGCGGAGUACGCUUGCUCAGUAAAACGUCCGUGGAUGCAAUCUUUUCUUCGCAGCUGUCGUCCGAGGUGGCGUUCUCGGGCGUCGUGGGGGUUCCCGGUCCGCUCGCGGUGCCGGCGGACCUGAAGGUGCAUGACCCUGAGGUGGGCAUUGGACUCGCAGGCAGUGCCGUCUCGAGGAACGACCGACUGCUUAGUGAUGGGAGAGUUGGGCGGAAGGCGGGUAGUGCGUAUUGGUACGGCCUGAAGAAUGCGGAGUGGUGGGUUGAUCGCGCGGCGGGGAUCGGGGUUGUGAUGUUUUCAAACUAUCUGCCUUGGAAUGACGCUGCGUGGCUCAAGCUGGUGGAUAGCGUGGAGAGCGAGAUUUACGCGGGAGUUAGUGACCCCGAGGCUGAUUGCAUAGGAAACUCAGCACAGAACGGGUUCCCCGGGUCGCUGUGA